UGAGAGCACUUGAGUGUGAAGUGUGUAGCUGUGCGGUGUUCACCUCUCUCUCUGUCUCUCUCUGCUGCUCUCUCGCCCUUCCUCCUGCCACCACCUGGCUCCUGGAGAUAUAUCUUAAGACACUCCUGAGAUAACUGAAGUAAUAGUGCUUGGGAGAGGCUGAUAAGAGGUGGAAAGUGUGAUCUUGCGUCCGAUGCUUGUUGACUAGUUUUGAAAACUGCUUAAUGCCCAGAGAUCUUCGGCGGCGUGGCAAAAUGGAGCUGGCCCCACUUGCUGACUUAAGAGAGACUGAUGCUGAAGAUGUAGGUAAUGGGAAUGCAAAUCCAACACACAAACCAGAAUCUGAUACUGGAAUUGAUGAUGGGUUUGGAACAUCUCCAAGUCAGCCACCAACAACUGUACCACGAAGAUCUCCAUUUCCACACUCGCCCUCCCCAGUCCCAGGAAGUCAUGGCUAUAUUCCGGUGGCUACAGACUUUCCAACUAAUAUCAAACCUGGAAAAAAACCACUAGAUGUCAAUUUGUAUGCAACUAAGAAGACUGUGGCACAAGGCAUGAUGGAUCUAGCUCUGCUCACAGCUAAUGCUAACCAGCUACGUUAUGUUCUGGAGGCUGGGAAAUUUGGCAACCUUGGCCCUAAUUACUACAUCAGCAUAACCUUCAUCUCGCUUAGCAUUGUGAUGCAGCUUGUGAUUGGUGUGGCUUUAAUCUUCAUGGGCAGAUACAAUGUGUCACACGAGGCCCAUGCACAGAAAGCGGAUGCCCUCAACAACUGGAUAGUUCUUGGUGUCUUUAUCAUCACUGUGAUCAAUGUUUUCAUAUCAGCUUUUGCUAUUGAACCCACGGAAGGCUAUGACCCUGUUCUUUUGAAAGCUGCUAUGAUUACCGAGUCACCUGCUGCAGAGGUGAUAGGUAAUUAGAACUUGGGUAAGGAAGUAACAAGAGUUUUGACAAAUACACCAGUAUAAAAUAUUUUGUUGUAUUUAAUUCCAUUUAGUGCAGUAAACACUGUUUUCAGAUCAAAUUCAUGCAUUACUGUAUAUUAUUGUUCAAUCACUUAUUCACUAAAUGGUAAGAAUCUCACCAUAUCAUUCAUAUAUACAGUAUACUGUAGAUAUAUGUGUGUGUAAAUCACAGAAAUUAACACGUGAUGAACAAUGUGACAGUGUCAGACCACAUUCAGAGUUUGUGUCAGACCACUUAAAUACAAAAGUACUUAAGGAAAUUCCUGUUUCAAUCCUUCCUUCAUGGUCUGACACUCACAUUUUUCAUCACGUGUUAAUUUUCGUGAUUUACACACACAUAAUACAGUAUGUAUGUAUGUAAUCCAGAUGGUUUAUAAUGAACACAUUUUUGUGUGCCUUUGUAAAAAGUUUUAUUUUUAAAUGUUAGCAAGCAGCUGUAUAAUUCACAUUUCCACCAUACAGUAUUUAUAUGAGAACACUUAAUCUUAAGUGCAUAAACUUAAUAAUAUUAUUACUCAAAAUUCACUUUGUUUUUCAAAGUUUGCUCCACUUAUUUAGUGAUAUUUAAUUCUUAAUUAUUUCAUAUAUUUUUUCACAUAUGAAUGAACAUGAUCACUUCUUUAUCAGCCUAAUUGCUCAGUUCAAAAAUAUUGAGAGCACAGAUAUUAUUUAUAAUGAUUUUAUGUGUGUAUAAAAGGGUAUAUUUUAACAAAAACUGAAGGUAGUUCACAGCCCUGAAAUAGGUUUUCCGAGUACUACAAAACUUGGAGAACUACAGUCACUCAGACAUGAUGUUAUGUUCAUUUCAAUAGCAUCCUAGAGAAAGUUUCUUCCCUUUGGCCCUCUACAACUAUAAUAUUUAUGAAGCCUUGUUCAUUAUGAAAACAUUAAUAAUAUAUUAUAUAGAAUAAUGAUGAAUAAUUAAAAAAGGACACAGAAUGUAUGAGUUACAUUAGUGGGCAAAAUUAUUUCUUUUAUUAUGUUUUAAAAUAGAAAUGACUUUUACCAAGUCUCUUGUGUAUUACAAUAUCUUGAGAAAACAUAUACAGUACAUAUUGAGUCAAUGGAUUCAGUAAGAAAAUUUAGCAUUUUCGCUUGCCAGGCAAGCGAGUGCCAGAUCACCCCAAGGUCUGCAGCGCAGUUUUUUAAUUUUGGUUUUCACUCUUUUUCAAUUUUGUCAUGUCAAUUCUUGUCCUAGGUCUUGCAUUUUGGUAUCAAUGUGUUCGUAAUAGAAUUCCCUACAGGAGUAUAUGCAUAUAAAGUCCAAAAGUGCGAUGUACCACCCCACAGCAAACAGAGAAAGUGGCAUUGCAUUACCCAUGAGCGCUCAAGAGCAGUAAAAUGUGUGUACUCUUUUCAACUUUGUCACUUCAAUUCUUGUCCUAGCUCUUUCAUUUUGGUGUCAAUGUGUUCGCAGUGAAGUUCCCUACAGGAGUACAGAACAAUAUAUGCAUAUAAUGUCCAAAUCUACGGCGCGCCUCUCCCGCAGCCAAGCCGAAAGCAGGCCAAAUUUGUUAAUUUUUUAUCCCAUACUGCGUCAUUAAUGCACAUUUGUCUACUAAAUUUUUUACACCAUACUGCGUCAUUACCGUGCAAAAAUGCUAACACAUUUUAUGCUAAGAAGUGUCUUGUCAGAUGAUUCUUAACAGUUACAUCAAUUCAUUGAUGUGUAACCAGGCAUCUGAGUUAUAGUGUUGAGAAUUGGAAACAAUUGUUUAAACAUGUCACAGUAAAAUUUGAUGUGGGUGAUGAAAAUAUACUUUUAAUUUUAGUUAUGGUGAAAUGCAGCUGUCCUAAGGGGAUAUACUGCAUUGUUUACAAUAUUUGAAGUGAAAGUUAGGAAGAUCAUUGAAAGAAUUGCAUAUUCAAAAUUUGUCAAGCCAGGAUGAGCUGUGCAAGAAUUUAACGAUUGUUAAUGUUUUAAGUCAAGUAGAUGAGCAUACCAGUGACAAGCUGAAUGAGCAUAUAAUCUUCUAUGAUGCAGAAGAGAUUUAAAUAUUUUCCAAGAAUUCUUUUGUUGGUCUUCCCUUCAUUCUUGUGUAGAUUGGUGCAUUAGUGCCUUGAAACCUCACAAUGGAUAGGUUCAUAAAUGCUUAUAGUGCAUUAGUGCUUGAAAAGUGACUAGACCUAUCAUAUAAAAAUAAGAGUCCAUAUGAUGGGAUUGAACCAGCAACCCUGGUUCAGUUAGCAGUGUGUGUGGCUGUGGAGUCCAGGGAUGCCAGUUCGAUCCCAUUGUAUGGCCUCUGUAUUUUCUCAGACACAUCAUGUUGUUGUGAUUUCAUGAUAUAAUGGUUCUCAUUUACUUAGAAGGUGCUGUAAGACUAUUAUUUUACUAUAUGUACUAUAUCUUCAUGCACUAUAUAUUGUUUAUACAUAUAACCAUUUUACAGUAUCAUACAUUUUUACCCUUGUGGCUAUACAGUACUGUAUAGAUAUUUAAUUUCUAUAAACAUUCUCACAUCUGUUAGCCUUGAUAUUUUUUUGUUUCCAUUUAAUUUCUGUAUCAUGUCCCCCACCCCUCAAGUACUCUACUGCCAUCUUGCAAGGUUCAUGUACGUGGCACACCUAACUGUUGUUGUUCACCUGUGCUCUUUGGAUAUAACUACUUUCACUUGGCAAGUUCUGUUUAUAUGUUGACAUCCUUAAUUGACUGACUAUCUCUUAAACAAUUUAUUCUCCCCGGCAAUUCCUCUUCUAAGGGACAACUCGUCCGCCUUUGACAAUGCGCCAUGACAGGAAAUCUACCUUCAACCCUAUUUAUAUAGUCGUCUAACAUUUGUUACUAAUUUCUCAUGCUUCACACUUUAACGCAAUAAACCAACAUUAUUCCAGCAUGCCUAAAGCAUUGUAAAGUAUUUUCUGAAUUCACCUUACUUACCUACACAUUGUGUCUGCUUGUACUCUGCCAUCUUCCAUCUUCUGUACAGUUGUUAAUACCACAUGAAAUUUUAAGUACAAUAAACCCCCCACAUGUGAAUUUUCAACAUUUAUUCGUAUUUUAACAAGAAAUGUAUAUAUAAGCCUGUUUUAUGGCAUACAUUAGAACAUUUAAUGAUUUUGCUAUUUACCUUUUUUGUGUAUCAAGGAUUUGUAGAUUAGAGCACUUCAAAUUCUUUAACAUAUCUGGGAUUUUUGUCACGUGCAGUCAGCUUAUUGCCUGUAAACAUUCCUGUGGGUUUUUAUGAACAUUACAUGUAUUUGACUUUUGUGGCUAGUUCCAAGCUGGGGGGAAAAAUAAGGAGAAUGACAUUUGAUAGACUGAAACAAAGGAAUCAAUGAGAAGUGUUUAAAUUACAUAUAAAGUGAUACUUCACAAUAAGAUAGACUGUAUAGGCAUUAAUUAAAAAUGCAAAUGCUUAGUGAGCUCUAUCCAUGUUUCAUAUUAAAAUUAUCUAUCACACUCCUGUGAUUACCUAUUUACAUUUUGAUUUAUGUAUAACACAGCCAUUGCCAAAUGUAA